GUCGCUACCCCCCUCGUGGUCCCCAAAGCAGAACAACACAGCCUUCCAACACCCGAAGAGCAUCUACUCCUCCCGAAACUAUCCUCCAAAUUGGCAGCUCAGCGCCUGGGAUGCUGCGGGCAGCUGCGGGUGGCCCUGCAGUGCCAAGCCGCAGCCGCCCAGCCCGAGCUGGCCAGGGAGUGGGGUGCCCGGCCUGCUCCCGGGGCUCCCGGGGGCCGCGAGGCGGGGCGCGCAGGGCAGGGUGCGCAGCGGGCGGGGGCGCCCCGGGCUCCGCGGCGGCCCCCGCCCCUCCUGCGGCUGGAGCGCUUCCAGAGCAGAGGCGCAGCGCCGCUCUCCUCUGCGCUCGCUCUCCGGUGCUCCUGCCCGUCGCCGUCGUCCUCCACUCGCUCCUCCUUCUCCGGCCGGUGCCCUCCACCGCCGCUCCCGCAGCCGGCUCCACCUCUCCCUCCCUCCCCCGGCUCUUGCGCUCUCCCCGCUAACUUUCCCGAGCCCCGACCCGCGGCGCAGAGCUCCCCGCGGCUUCGCCGCCCACUGCAGACCGCGGGCUGCCAGCCGCUGCGCCCCGUACCCCAUCCGCGCGCCCCUGGCGCGCUCCGGAGACAACGCGACCAUGCCCGGGGCCGCGGGCCGAGGCGCAGCCCGGGCGAGAUGGCUGGGCACCGGGCUUUUGGGUCUCUUCCUGCUCCCGGUGUCCCUGUCGCUGGAGGUGUCUGUGGGAAAGGCCACCACCAUCUAUGCUGUCAAUGGCACGGAGAUCCUGCUGCCCUGCACCUUCUCCAGCUGCUUUGGCUUCCAAGACCUCCACUUCUGGUGGUCCUACAACACCAGUGAUACCUUCAGGACUCUCAUAGACGGGACGGUGAAGAAUGAAAAGUCUGACCCUAAGGUGAAGUUCAAAAAUGAUGAUCGCAUCACUCUGGAGGGCUCCACUAAGGAGAAGAUGAAUAACAUUUCCAUUCUACUGAGGAACCUGGAAUUCAGCGACACAGGCAAAUACACCUGUCAUGUGCAGAACCCCAAGGAGAAUAAUUUUCAGCACCAGGCCACCAUCUUCCUCCAAGUCGUCGAUAAAUUGGAAGAAGUGGACAACACGGUGACCCUCAUCAUCCUGGGAGUCGUGGGUGGGGUCAUCGGGCUCCUCAUCCUCAUCCUGCUGGUCAAGAAGUUCAUUGCCUUCAUCAUCAAGAAGACUCAGGAGAAGAAGAAGGAGUGCCUCGUGAGUUCCUCAGGGAAUGAUAACACAGAGAAUGGGUUGCCUGGCUCUAAGGCAGAAGAGAAACCACCAACCAAAGUGUGAGCCCCCCCUGGGGGCCAAGCAGCCGCUCGGGCCUCACCUGCUGAUGAAGAACUGAUGCUUGAGCCACGUCCGUGAACCACGUGCCUGAGACACCUGCUGCUUGGCUCCAACUGUAGUCUUUCUGGGGAGAAACUGGGGUCCUGCCUAGCCUGCCCGCUCCCUCCCAGCCAAGGCUCCCCAGGGAUGAGGGGUGGCCAGGGGAGGGGGCCUGUGGAGAGUUCAGGAAAGGAAAGGAGGGCUGGGUGGUGUGGAGGGUGGGUCCCCUGAUACCUGGGGGUCCCUGGGGUUUUCUUUAGUCUCCUCACCCUGUAUGAGCAAUACUUUGGUUUUCCUCCAGAUUUCUCUUUUAAGAGAGGCUUGAGGGGAUCAGCACGGCUUGCCCUAAUAGCUGGACGCCAGCGAAUAACAGUGUGGAGAUCUGACCCUUUUGGUGGUGGAUGUGGCCUAGAGGACUCUGUACAGGAUCUGGGGCGGGAGCCUGCUGGAGGGGGGAGGGGGGCCUAUAGUGAGAGGCUUUGUUGGAUACCUGAUCCCCCAGGUCCCUCUAGGAAGGCGCUUCCCUCCCCCCUGCCACAGGCUGUCUGGCAGCCUCCACCCCAUCUCCACCCCCAGACCCCCCCCCCCCCCCGCUUGGAGUCUGUGAACCCUCCCAACUAGGGCUGGCUAUCUUGGUCUUGGGGUCUCGGCCCCCCUAGCCUGCUCCUCUGAUCUCUGAGUUCCUGAGGGGCUUGUGAGGACCCUCCAGCCUUCCUGGAGCACUGGGGUACUGCCUGUGCCUUUCCUAGCAUUUCUCCUUGGGGAACCAGGACCGCAGAGGUGGGCGAGCCCAUGUCCAGGGCCUCUCGGCCCCUGGGAGGCCCACCCCAGCCCCACCAGUGCUGGCUGCCCCUUUUCCUUGGCAUGGCCGGCCCAUUGCCACCCCUGGAAACUCCUGAGCUUGCCUCUUCCCCUGAUGCAGCAGGUGGGGUCAUCUUGCUUGAGGUGUUGUACCCUCAAACCCUCCCCUCCCUUGGGUUCAUGCCUCCUGUGCCCAUGCUCAUCCAUCAUACCUUCUCCCCUGGCCCAGGGUUGUUCACCUCCAACCCGGGGUCGAGGGCUUGCUUUCACCUCAGGGAUCCUCUUGCUUCAGAAGAGGGGGCCCUUGGGUUUUCUGGCUGCUUCCUGUUCAGCUGUGUCACCCCCACCCCACCCCCAGUGUUGGGGAGGAGCAGGGAGAGGGUGCUCAGUCUUCCUUUGCUUUCCUGAGAACGGGUUUGCACGCCCCGUGUGUGGGGCUGGACUGUGCCUUAGCUCCUUGUGUCCUGGCUCAUCCCCUCCGUCCCCUCUCCAGCCUGUGUGUGACAGCCGGCCCUGGUGUGCCACUCGGAGGGGUCCCCAACCUGCCUUCCCCCAAGGCCAUGCCGGGGGCCAGGGAGCUGGGGUGGUGCCACCCAUGGCCCCCUGGACAGUGAUGGAAUCUUGGAGCUGUCGGGCUCCCCGAUAGGGAAUGCGGUGGUGGUGUCCCCGGGGCGGGGGGCGGCGGGAGGGAUGAAGUGAGCCGUGCGGUGAUAACAGAGGCCCCCACCAUCUGCUCCUGCUGGCUCGCUCGCUGACACUCUGCCCCCGGGCCUGGGACGGGUGGGAGGGCAGUAGCCCCCUUUCCCAGAGGUUAUGGGGACUGCCUCAGGAUUCUCCCUGUCAAAAAGUGGCUGCAGGCUUCCCGCAGGGUGGAGGUAGAGGAGACUGAGGGCCAGCAGCUCCGGCAGGUCCCUGGCUGAGGCCCUCACGCCUCCUGAUGGGUUUGCAGGGUCCCACCCUGAUCUGCCUCCAGGGCUCCCAUCCUUGUCCCUCCCAGAACCUUAGGCUCAGGCGCAGAUUUUCCCGGUUUGGGAGCAGACAGACUGGAGCUACCAGCCAUUUGAAAAACUUCUUGCGGCUACCUUCCUGAAAACUGCUUUCUUCCCCCUUCCCCAGUGCUAACAUUUGAAUGAGCUGAAUCGCCUGGGCUCCUCUGACUCUCUUCAGAUGAGGCCAGGGUGUACAGAGCAGGGGGGCCGUGGGGGAAGAGCAUCACCCUCUCCACUCCUGGGUCUACUGUUGACUGAUAGGUGGGUCAUACAUCUUCUCUAGGCUCAGCUUUUCCCAUCUCUAAAGUGGGUGUAAUCAUACGUACCUACCUCCCAGGAUUGUUGUGGGGCUUGGCAAGUUUUUGUUUAAAAAAAUCUUUUUGGCUUGGAAAGGGAUCUAGGCGGCCAGGCAUUAUAAUUGGAGGAGUUGUUCCAAGUCUGCCCUGUUCUCACCUCUGUGUCCCAUCCCUAGGAGACACGCACACACAGACUCACACACAUGCACAUGCACGCAUGCACUCUCUCUUUCUCACUCACUCUUGCUCUCUCUCUCUCUUCCCACUCCUCCCCCUUGGAAUUAUUUUCGUCUUUGUAAUAUUAGAAACCUUGGCUCUGAUGCUUAAAGCUUCUUAUCCAUGGCUUUUGUUUGGGAGUUUUCAACAGAGGUGGCAUAAUAGGGACUGUAGGGGGACAUUUUUGGUGGUCCCAAUGCCUGUGGGCCCUAUGGACAUUUAGUGAGUGCUCAAGAAUGCUCAGUUUUAUCCCCACAACAGAGAAUUGUUCUCCCCAGCGCUGGGGUGAUACCCACGGAGGAACACUGGCAUGGAUUUGCAAUAGAAUGUCUUCGGGCAAAGCCAUCUUCCUAGGAAGAGCCUCAGUGUGCGCAGAGCUCCAGGGGCUGGUGAGGGUGUUUCAAGGGCUUGUGGGCUAGAGAGAGCCAUUUACAGAACUGACCUUGGGAGCCCAGCAGGCAUGCAGCUGUGCUAACAGUAAAGUCAGGGAGACCAAAGACAGAGUCUUUCCCCGCCCCCCAUCUUUGACCUUGAAGUGGGACCUCAGCAUCCCAGGCCUUGAGUUUCUCCCUGGGUAGGAAUUGAGCAAAAGGCCAUCAGAAUGAACCUGUAAGGCUAGAGUGGUCUGGGAGAGGGGCCAAUGGAGCUUAGGCUUUUCCUACCUGGCUGGGUGACCAGAGCCAGGAGGUGAAGUGAGGGGUGUGACAGCGUGCCCCAGAGAUGGUGGCAGGUGGGGUGUGCGUGUGGAGAUGCGUGCCUAUGGCCUGGGGGGCUGUGCAUGGAAACGGGGAUGAAUGGAGGUAUGUGUGCCUGAGAUGGGGGAGACUUGGCACAUUUGGGGAGCCAUCUUCCCUGGCCUUAGCAAUACCUGUUGGGACACCAGGAGCCCGAGAAAGGAUAAGAGACUGAGGGAAAGAACAGCCAUGCUCUUCGGUUCCGUGACUCCAUGACUCCCUCCCACUGUGAUGGACAACUACCAGGAGUGCUGGUGGGGGUGGGCCGGGAGGGGAAUGUCUCGAGAAAACCCUACAGCUUUGCUUCACCUUACUGUGUCCCAGGUUGGAGUCCCUCCCCUCCCACCUCCCACCUGAUAUUCAGAGCUUUUGACUAUCUUAUGCAUGGUUUAUUCCUCUGGCUUGGAUGACAAUACCCAUAGUCAUUUUUUUUUUUUAAUAUAACUAUAGAUCAAAACAAUGCAGCAAUGGGGCUGGGAGGCCUCUGGUCCAUGGGUGCCUCUGGGAGGCACAGAUAUGCACACCCCCAGCAAUGACCUGUGUUCAAGCACAGAAUGGAUGUGAUCAACUAUCUUGCCUUUAUAACACGUUUGGCAUUGUAGAAUUUUAUUUAGCUUUGCCUGGGAUGAAAUAAAAAAUUAUGUUUAA